CGAAUGGCUGUGAGUCUGUGACGUUGUAGGUAUCCUAGGGAGUGGAUAAGAAGAAAGUGCUAAACAUCCAAGGCAAAGGGACAAGGCGUUAAUUUCUACACAGGCUGUAACGUUAACAGUGUGACUGGCAGUCCUCCUUGCGAAGGAAGGAGAGGCACCAGAGACCAUGAGUGAGAAUGGCCCUCAUACGGAGGCGCCCAUGUACUUUGAGGUGGAGGUGGAUCACCUGGAGCGGGAUGAUGAAGAAGAAGACAAGAUCCACUUUGACAAAGACGACGACCUGAUCGCUGGGCCUUCAUCGUCUUCUGGUCGGGUGUAUGACCGAACCACAGUGCUCAUUGAGCGGGACCCUAUCCGGCUGGAUGAGGAGGGCGAGGAAGAGGGUCACUGUGGAGGGGACGAAGAUGGAGUCACCUUCUUAACUGAGGGAGAAGGUGACGGAGAUGAGGAAGAGGGCUCCCUGGCCUUUAUGGCCGACCCUGAUGGUAUGUCACAGGGUUAUGUGCACCACACCAUUUCUGCAGACCAGAUCCAGUUCACAAUAAAUCCAGGCUCCACACCCAUGCCACGCAACAUAGAGGGAGCCACCCUCACCCUGCACUCUGAGUGCCCAGAGACCAAGCAGAGAGAGGUAAAGCGCUACCAGUGCAUGUUUGAGGGCUGCACAAGGACGUACAGUACGGCGGGAAACCUGCGAACACAUCAGAAGACUCACCGGGGGGAGUACACAUUCGUGUGUAAUCAGCAGGGCUGUGGAAAGGCCUUCCUCACUUCUUACAGUCUCAAGAUCCAUGUCCGUGUUCACACCAAGGAGAAGCCGUUUGAGUGUGAUGUGCAAGGCUGUGAGAAAGCCUUUAACACACUGUACAGACUGAAAGCACACCAGAGACUUCACACAGGCAAAACAUUCAACUGUGAAUCGGAGGGAUGCACAAAGUACUUUACCACACUCAGCGACUUGAGGAAGCACAUUCGCACACACACUGGGGAGAAGCCAUUCCGGUGUGACCACGAUGGCUGUGGCAAAGCUUUUGCUGCAAGUCAUCACCUAAAAACACAUGUACGGACUCACACAGGGGAGAAGCCAUUCAACUGUCCCAGUGACGGCUGUGAGAAGACUUUUAGCAGCCAGUACAGUCUUAAGAGUCACAUUCGGGGCCACGACAAAGGACAGCCCUUCAGCGUCACCCUCACCCACCCGCUCUCUGAAGAUGCAAAUCACUCGCUUUGCCUCAGUGACUUGAGCCUCAUCUCUACGGACUCAGAGCUACGUGAGAACAUCCAUAAUGCUCAAAAUUUGGACCUCAACAACGUGACCCCUGUGAAAAUCUUUGAGCUAAUGUUCCAGAGUCCUGAAAAUAGUGUCAGCCAAGAUGAUGCCCAUCACAACGAGAGCCUUGCUGAACCCUUCAGCCUAGAGACCUCUACCCAAGCGGGAGUUACUGAUGCCUCGUCUCUCAUCUCUUUCUCUAUCAACCCUACCUCCUCAUCUUCCUGUCCCCACACAGCUGCAGUCAUGGAGGCUUCUUCCCAGCUCAGUCAGACCUCUUCCUCUCAGGCCUCCACCUCUGUCUCUGUCACUGCUACUGUCAGCUCCGCACAGCCUCCAUCUUUCAUGCAACUAACCGGGCCUCAGCAGAUCUCUGAUGUGCCGGCUCAGGCUUCUGUCCAAGCACCUAACCAUGGCCCCUCUCAGCACUAUGUGUCACUGCCACCCACAUUCUUACAGCCGGACAGUGCUACCCAGACCACAGCUCUACCACUACCCAUCUCUGGUCCUCCUCCAGUGGCUCCAGCACUGACCACCACAGCACCAGGCACUGCUUCUGUGUCUGUUGUUGCAGGUGCCACAACAGAUGCUCUGGCAGCUGUGGCUCAACCUGUGCCUUUGGUCAACAACCCUGUCCCCAAUUCUUGCCCGGGUCUGGCUCCCACCCCUGCCACCAUCACCAUAGCGCCCACCCAGAACCUGCUACAGCCCAGCUUGGUCAUGUCUGACCAGAACCUCCAGUGGAUCCUCAGCAGUGCUGCCAGCAGCCAGCAGAACCCAGAGCAGGCAUCACAUCAAGGAGCGCCAAAAGUGGAAAAGGUUUUCUUCACUACAGCAAUACCAGUUGGAGGAAAUGCUGGUAACUCAGUCCAACAGAUCGGCCUCAGCCUGCCAGUCAUCAUCAUCAAACAGGAGGAAUCCUGCCAGUGCCACUGUGCCUGCAGGGACUCUGCUAAAGACAAGAGUUCGAAGAGCGUCUCCUCCAUCGUUUCAACCCCAGCACAGCAGCAACCAUCAGAGCCCCCUCCUCCCUCUCUAUCACAGCCCCCAGAGCCUUCCCACCAUCCAGCCAUUUCAUCUUCCUCGUGCUGUCUCCCUGAGUCUUCCUCCAAGGUGGGUGGGGUGACCCUGGAGGCCCCCUCUUCUUCUUCCUCCUCCUCAGCUCAGACUUUCUCCACGAUAGAGAGCAGCACUGCCACCACCAACCCCCCCCCAUCUGACGGGUUAGCCAAUAUGGACGUCUCGGACUUCCUCUCCCUGCAGAGCCCUGAGACAGCUGCCAACAUUGAGGCUCUGCUGCUGGUCGCGGAUGACUUCAACAUGGCCACUGAUGGCAAUCCUUAGAAGAGCUGCCUUCUGAGUCUGGCACCAUGUGUUUUUCUGUUGCACCCACUCAACCACGGGCAUCGAUUCCACCCACAUCUCGAGUCACUCUCCUCUGUGACGCCUCGUCUUUUUUCCUAUAUAGUGUGCGCUUUGAACCCCCUGUACCUGCAGUGCAUUCUGUUCUGUAUAGCAUUUUGAAACAUAUAUACACCAACUAUGAAUACUUUCUCUUUUGAGACUCAUUGCAGUAGUUGAGUUUUUAGAAACAGGAUUAGUUUGCUUAUUGAGAUUUAGCAACGUUAAUGCUAUUUAAUGCAGGGAAAGGGCAGUAGAUCCUUUGUUAGAAAUAUAAUUAAAAUGUAUAUAAUAACCUUUGAUAUCCACUCUGAUUUGAAUGAAACAAGCGAGUGUUGUCCAAGCACUGAUAGCAAAAGAGUUCCUUUUUCCUGGCUUGAAGGUCACAGGGCCUGAGCAGGAAAACAAAACUUAUCUGUAUAUCCUUGUACUGUACUGCAGGUCCUAACAAAUGCUCAAAGCUGGUAUGCAACUGACCAGAAUGCACUGUAUAUUAGAGGAAUUUGAUAUAAUUUUAUCAAGCAUUGCUCCCUGCAGGAAUUCCAAGGGGUCGGCCACAUAGACCCACAUAUGGCUAUCAUACAAGAUUGAAGUGAUUUCCUCAGUGUUUUUUAUUUUCUAGAAAGACUAGCGUAGUCCAGAAAAUGUGAUGAUUCUUUUGUACUUCUUUUGACAGUUAUUUACUAAUUGAGAGAAGAACCUCUGAUCAGAUCUGCCUUUCUCUUUAAGUGAAAUUAAGUCAGUACAUCAAUAAGUUGCCUAUAACUUAAACUAAUUUAAAAUUGUACAUGUUAAUUUAUUUAAAUGCUUGAUUCUUUCAUUAUACUGGUAAUACUUUUAUCUUCAAGAGAGCAGAAAAAUCUAUUAAUUUAUUCCAAUCACUUGUUGUAUUUUUUAAGUUGAGCUGUUUUUGUUACUGAAUUGCUUUCCUUUUGAGAACGUAAUGGGUAUUACUGAAAGCAAGUUUGAGAAAAGAGGCACCUAUAGUAGACUGCACAGUGAAGCAAAUUAUCCUCUAGGAUCUGCAUGUUUGCAAAAAUAGUCCACAAUGAAACAGUAAGAAACUGCUGUCAACAUCCCGUGUUUUAUAGGGUUGUGACCCUCUCAGGGAUGCAUCAAGUCAUAACUGAUCCUGGUCCCCUUAAUUUGUUACUCAGACAUGCGUUCUCCUUACCAGAUGCCCCACACUUGCAGUAGCCCUACGUUUUGCUGCACUCGUCCCUGUUUAUUGCACACCACCUUGUAAAGUGAGUAAUCUGACAGCUUGUUAGCUGAGGUGCAACACCACUACAGACUUUUUGUAUACAACUGCUGUAAAGUAGCAUUUAAAAGAUGGUGUCCUGGAGACAGUGUAUAUACAUUACAUUUUAGUGUAAACAUCUUUGAGAAACUUGUAGAUUAUUCUAGAAUUUGUAUUUUUGUAUAGACUUUUGAAUUACUAACUCUCAGAGUUUGGAGCUAAUGUAUACCCUCUAUCCUUGCAUUCCCUCCCCCAGUCACCUUCAUGCAGAAAAGUUUGAGUUUUUGCUGUUUGGUUGAGUAGUUCUAAAAGCAGCUGGGCUUCUGUACAGUCCCCAUUGUAACAAAAUAUAUCUAACACACAGCCCCCUGCUCAGAGUAUAAUUUAACAGUAUUGUUUCGCAUGGGACAUAAUGCAAUGAUGAUAGCGCGAAGGCAUUAUGCCCCGUAUACUAGAGUGUAGAGCUAUUUGGCCUUACAACAUUAACUAAGAGCCUCCUUGCCUUGACAGUCUCUGCUACAGACUUGCCAUUGACAUGCUGACGCACGCAUCUUCAUUGAGUCUCAGGCAACCCCUUCCAGCAGGAGAUCACACUGAGGCAAAGUCACUGAGACAGAGCAGCUUAUAUGCUUGUAUCGUUUUCCAGCUGUAAUCCUUGGGAAGUCAUAAAUGGAUAUGCAGCAUUUCUAAAAAGAUAGAAUCAGCUACGUAACAGAUGCAGGUGAUGCCAUUCUACUUUUUAGUUCCAGGUUGUAGGAUCAAAAUUGACAUGUCAUUUAUAAUGACAUGUGAUUGUAAGGACACAUCCUGGAGAGAUUCUCUCUGUGGGAAAUAACCAAGGUUAACUUUAAAAAUAUGCAACAUGUCAAGAGGGUCAAAAAAAAAAAAAAAAAAAAAGCCAUCACCACUAGAACAU